AAUCUCGGACAAUUCUCUCUCCAAUCUCACUCACUUCUCUUAAUCGACAAUUCUCUCUCCAAAUAGCUUAGGUUUUUUCACUUCAGUUUUGUUUGUGAGGUUCCUUUUUCUCUCUUUCAUUUAGUAUCCUGCCACUGAAAUGACUGACAAAGUAAGAAACAGAUAUUUGUCACUGGAUUUGGGUCCUCCUACAAUGCCAUCACAAGGGGAUGAUGGCGCUUCUGAACUUCAACAACUUCCCAUCAUUCAUAUCGAGGAAAAUGAAGACGAAGUGAUUGAAUCUUCACUUACAUCUAUUGAUCAGACUAUGACCAAUGCGGCAACUCGCAGAAAUAGUGGAGUUGAGUUGAAGUUAGCUCUGAUUCCAUAUUUUGACUCCAUCAUGCUUCAUACGAAGUCAUAUGAUAGUCCAGCUGAUCACACAAGUUCAUUUCAGGUCGAGAUGUCUGAACUUCGAUCCAUCAUUACUAGAACCACCAAAAGGAGCCUUGUGCUUGUUGAUGAAAUAUGCCGAGGAACAGAAGAUGCAAAAUGGAUUUGUAUUGCAGGCAGCAUCAUUGAAACUCUUGAUAGUAUUGGUUGUCUAGUUAUUGUAUCUACUAACUUGCACAAAAUAUUUACCUUGCCGCUUAACAUCAAGAACGCUGUGCACAAAGCAAUGGGCACCACUUGCAUUGAUGGACAAACAAAACCUACUUGGAAGCUGACAGAUGGUAUUUGUACAAAAAGUAUUGCUUUUGAAACUGUCAAGAGGGGAGGAAUUCCUAAGAUUGUUGUCAAAAGAGCUGAAGAUCUUUAUAUGUCAUAUUAUGCUAAGAAACUGCCUUUUGUCAGUUUAUCUGUCAGUUGUGUUGAUGACUAACAACAGCUUAUGAGCAACAAUAGAAAUCAAAAUAUGAUAUGAAUUUAUAAUUAAAAAUAAUUUUUUAUUUAGUGAAUGUGUAAUAUAAAAACUAGUAUGAAGUUGGAUGGAAUAGUUGAACCUAUUUUAGUUGUU